CCCACAAAGUGAUCGAUUAGUUGGAGACAGUUGUUCAAGAUCCGUGAAACUGUAGAGAUGUCGCUCGGAAUGCUGCUUUUGCUGUUUGUUGUCCUGCUGGCAUUAAUUUAUGUCCUGUUGAGACGACACUAUUCCUAUUGGCGACGUCGUGGCGUGCCGGAGCUGCGUCCUUGCAUGCUGCUGGGGAAUCUAGGCGGAAUACUGAGUAUGCGGAGUAGUCCGGCCGACUUCAUUUGUGAUCUCUAUAAUCAUCCGGAUGCGCAGGAUAAGCCAUUUGUGGGCAUACAUGUGUUCCACAAGCCGGCGCUGCUGUUGCGGGAUCCGGAAUUGAUUAAACGAAUUAUGAUCAAGGAUUUUCCAAAGUUCUCUGAUCGGUACUCAAAUUCCGACUAUAAAGGUGAUCCGCUCGGUUCACAGAACAUAUUCUUCUUGAAGAAUCCAGCAUGGAAGGAGGUGCGUCUGAAGCUGUCGCCGUUCUUCACCAGCAACCGAUUGAAAAACAUGCUUCCACUGAUCGAUGAAGUUGGCUGCAACCUGGAUGCAUAUCUGCGACAACAGCCGCUGCACAAUGAACGCAUGCGAUGUUUCGAUCUGGAGGCCAAGGAGCUGUGUGCUCUGUUCACUACAGAUGUGAUUGCGACGGUGGCAUACGGAGUGCAGGCCAAUAGCUUCACACAGCCCAAUAGUGAGUUUCGUCGUCAUGGUCGCGCAGUUUUUCAGUUCAGCUUAAAGCGUGCCGCGGAGUUUACUUUGGUGUUCUUUAUGCCACAAAUGGUGCCUCAUCUGGGCUUUAAGGUGGUGCCAGCCGAGGCCACCAAGUUCCUGCGCAACACCAUCAAUUAUGUAAUGGCCGAAAGGGAGAGAUCGAAUCAAACCCGCAACGAUCUGAUCGACCUACUCAUUGAUUUUAAGAGAAGCACACAAAAAGCCAAAGCAGAUGGCAGGUCGGAUCAAUUUGUGUUCGAGGGCGAUAUCCUGGUUGCCCAAGCAGUACUCUUCUUUACCGCCGGCUUCGAGUCCUCCUCAUCCACGAUGUCCUUUGCUAUGUACGAGUUGGCCCGCAAUCCGGAGGUGCAGCAGCGUUUGCGUCAAGAGAUAAAAGACGCCUUAAUUGCAAGUGGUGGACGCAUCACCCAGCAGCUGAUUGAGUCCUUAGAAUACAUGCACAUGAUACUCCAGGAAGUGCUGCGCAUGUAUCCACCAUUGCCGUUCCUUGAUCGCGAGUGCACCCUAGACCAAGGCUAUCCGCUGUCGCCAUUCCACGAGUUCAAUGUGCCCAAAGGCAUGCCCAUCUAUAUUCCUGCCUAUGCUCUGCACAUGGAUCCUCAGUACUUUCCCCAGCCUCGUCAAUUCAAACCGGAACGUUUCUCCCCCGAAAACCGCAAACUUAUUAACCCCUACAUCUACAUGCCCUUCGGCUUGGGGCCUCAUGGCUGUAUUGGUGAGCGUUUUGGCUUUCUGCAGGCUAAGGUGGGUCUAGUCUACAUGCUGCGCAAUCAUCUAGUGACCACAUCAGAGCGCACUCAGCGACGCAUGAAACUCGAUCCCAAAGCUAUCAUUACUCAGGCUAAAGGCGGCUUACAUGUACGACUUGUACGUGAUUCUCUAGGAAUGUCGGCUGGCAUGCCAAUUAAUCCAAAACCCUUCCUAAAUGGACUCACUGGCAAACCGGUGCUCGUGAAACUAAAGUGGGGACAAGAAUAUAAGGGCUUCCUGGUGUCAGUGGAUGGAUACAUGAACAUGCAGCUGGCGAACACGGAAGAAGUGAUCGAAGGAUCGGUGACUGGAAAUCUGGGUGAACUUACAUAUUUCACCAGCAACGAACUAGUGCUCAGUACUACAGGGCACCUUUUGUUUGUGUUUGUUUAUAAGUUCGUACGCAACAAAAUGAUUCAUUGCUUGCAAAAGCUUCACAUUAAAGCUUUUGUCCAGCGAAACAAAGCUUUCAUAUUUCAAUGCUCUUGUUGCCAAAAUUUAGUUAAGUUGAGUGCGCUCAGAUCGUCGUUGAGCGUGCCUUGUAAUUAUUUCCGCUUAGAUAUAUUGAUAGAUAUAUUGGAAUCGGCAAAAAUGCUGUUGGAAUUCUUUGCGAUAUUCUUAGUGCUACUGCUAUUGGUCUAUCGAUGGUCCACAGCCAACUAUAAUUUCUUCAAAGAUAAGGGAAUUGAUUAUCAUCAUCCAUAUCCCUUGGUCGGCACCAUGUGGAAAAUGUUUCUGGGCCAAAUAUCGAUGCUGGAUCUAGUCGUCGAAUUGUACAACAAAAGCGACAGCAAGGUUUAUGGCAUCUUUGAGCAACGGACGCCGCUGCUAAUGAUACGCGAUCCGGAGCUAUUGAAACAGAUAACCAUUAAGGACUUCGAUCAUUUUGUCAAUCAUCGCAAUGUGUUUGGCGUGGACGAUGAUGAUCCGCAUAAUAUGGACAAUCUAUUUGGCAGCUCCUUGUUCUCCAUGCGUGAUGAACGUUGGAGGGACAUGCGCAGCACGUUGACUCCUGCGUUCACGGGCAGCAAAAUGCGUCAAAUGUUCCAGCUGAUGGAUAUUGUGGCCAACGAGGCUGUGCAGUGCCUGAAAAGUGAUGGGGUGCUCAAAGAUGGACUCGUCCUGAAUAUGAAGGACUAUUGCACUCGGUUUACCAACGAUGUGAUUGCUUCCACAGCCUUUGGACUGCAGGUGAACUCAUUCAAGGAUCGCGAAAAUACGUUCUACUCGAGUGGCAUGAAAUUGACGAACUUUACGGGUUUGCAGAAUUUAAAGUUCCUGCUGUUUAUCAAUGCCAAGCGGCUGUUCAAGUUGCUUAGAUUAACGAUAUUCGAUAAAAAGACCACCGAGUACUUUGUGCGUCUUGUGCUGGAUGCCAUGAAGUAUCGUCAGGAGAACAACAUUGUGCGUCCGGAUAUGAUUAACAUGCUAAUGGAAGCGAGUGGCAUGAUACAGUCAGACAAAGCCAAGAGUGGCGCAGUUCGCAACUGGAGUGAUCGCGAUAUUGUGGCCCAAUGCUUUGUCUUUUUCUUUGCCGGCUUUGAGACAUCGUCGGUCCUGAUGUGCUUCACUGCGCACGAGAUCAUGGAGAACGAGGAUGUGCAGAGGAAACUUUAUGACGAAGUUAGCCAGGUCAACAACGAUCUGGAGGGUGGUCAGCUCACAUAUGAAGCUCUGAUGGGCAUGAAGUACUUGGAUCAAGUGGUCUCCGAGGUGCUGCGUAAAUGGCCGGCGGCAAUUGCUGGCGAUCGAGAAUGCAACAAGGAUAUUACCUAUGAAGUUGAUGGUAAGAAGGUGGAAAUUAAGAAGGGCGACGCACUUUGGCUACCUACUUCUGGCUUCCAUCGUGAUCCCAAGUACUUUGAGAACCCAGAGAAAUUCGAUCCUGAAAGAUUUAGCGAUGAGAACAAGGAUAAAAUCCAACCUUGUACUUACUUUCCCUUUGGCAUCGGUCCACGCAAUUGUAUAGGCUCUCGCUUCGCUUUGCUUGCGGCAAAGGCUGUUAUCUACUAUUUGUUGCGUGAUUUCCGCAUUAAUGCUUCUGAGAAAAGCUGCAUCCCCUUGGUUCUCAGUUCCUCCGGCUUUCAGCUAACGCCUAAAAAUGGUUUCUGGCUCAAACUCAUUCCACGGAAUUGAAACGAACGAAUUAUGAUGCCUAAAUUUAACAUUUAUUAAUAUAUACUUAAAUUGAGAAUUGUUGUACUUAUAUUUUCUGUAAUGGAAUAUAUAACUUAAAUUGAGAAUUGUUGUACUUAUAUUUUCUGUAAUGGAAUAUAUAAGUGUAGAUUCGAUCUCACAAUUCGAGUGGGAUAUAUUUAAAAUCCUCUCUUUCAAUCUUUAUAUUUCAUAUAAAAACUAUUAUAGGAUGUUCAUCUUGUAAAAUGAUUUUGAAAUAUAGUAUAUUUACGAGUUAUAUGAGGCAAAUAAAUAAAUAC